AUGAAAACAAACGGUCAAGUAAGGAAAAAGUUAUUCAAGGGACAACGCCGGACGGACGGACACACAAACAGAACUAUUCCUUUAAAACACGCGUGGACAAUGGAAGAAAGGAGUGCCUGGAUCGGAAUGCAAAUGGAAAUACAACAAUUCAGAUGGAAUAUGUACACGGGAUAUUGCUCAGGAAAAAUUUGGAUCGAAACACUUCACAACGUCGUAAGAAGUAUCAUUCCCUCCAACACGACCCUUAAACAUGAUAAGAGAGGAAAUUGGCGAUUUAUAUUCAUUUCCAAUUAUACGACAGGACUUGAUAAGUUAAAAAAUGCACCUUUCGACGAAGAUACAGUAUACAAAAAUCUAUACUGGCACCGAGUCGAGCAUAUUAAUCCAUUUCAAUCUGCAAUUGCUUGUUAUGAAAAAGCGAAUCUUGGAUAUGGUUUUAAAAUUAUGUGCUUGUUCGGAUUUGAAAAGGAUAUAGACGUGAGUAGCUGGAAAUCAAGACGCGGAAACAUGAACUGUGGACCAAACUACAGAAAGGAGCAAACUACAGAAAGGAGCAAACUACAGAAAGGAGCUUAUGUGUUGUGGAAGAGACGCCAAACGGCAACUCUACCAAAAGAAUUGGAGGAUUACGUGGAAGUGGAUGGAGAUGAUUAUGAUGAGGAUUUUCCAACUGGAGAACCUCUUCUCGAUUCUGGAUUUGAGAAUUUUUUGCAGUUUUGGAUUACUGUAGUUUUUGUUCUUUGUCACUGUGCCAUCUUGAUAAUCCACGACCAUAAAAUUAAUGUUUGCCAACUCAAAAAUCGAAAUCAGUUUUCAAUAUAUUUUCCAAUUGAUAACAAGAUAAUCACCAUUAAAAUGAAAACAAUCUUUAUCAUGUUUUUAUUGAUAUCGACUUUAAUUAUCACUAGUUCUACGGUUACUCUGGAUAAACAACAAUCUGAUUUUAUUGAUUCAAUCAAUAAGGAAAGAAGGUACUUUGCAAAGGCAAAGCAAAUUGGAAACAUGCACAAAUUGUAUUGUGACCAGAAUUUACAAAUAUUUGUGAACCAGCUGAAAGUCGAGGAUUCCCGUAAUAACUCGUAUCUUACACCAGUCUUGAGUAUGGAUCAAAACGGGAUCAGUGAGCUGAACAGAGCAAGAGACAAAUGGUGGCCAAACAAUACCGAUUUCGUUUUCGUCUAUACCAGACAUGAGUACAUGUAUCCGUUGCAGACUACUGUAGCUUGCGUGAGAACAGAAUUCUGGCCACGCUACAACUAUUCUUGUUUUUUCGGUCCAAAGUGA